UUCACUUCCUGAUCUUUGUCCUCUGAGCAAAUCAGACCGAGCAGACCGUUUACUCAGCCUGCGUCUGAGUGAGAACUUUAUUUUUGGAGAGAAAAAGGAGAGCAGGUCGUCUCUGAAGAAACAGAAGCUGGUGGAAUAGUCGACUGACUGCAGAAAAGAGAAAACCUUCCCGUCCCUGAUGAGCACUUCUGGUGAGUGAGAUUGACCUCGCCGCUCGUCGAUCCUCUGAUGGACUUCUGUGAAGAUCGUCUCUGAAGAUGGACGAUCUAUUUGACUUUGAAGGCGGCUCUUCGACCUACAGAGUUUUCCUCCCUCAGACGAACAUUAAGGACGAACUCAUCGCUAGAUUAACGGCGUUCUCCUGCCUCUACAGCCAACGCAGAGAUCGUCUCCUGAGAGUCUCCGAGAGCUUCACGCUGACGGCUACUCGCCUCCGAGAGGGCGCUCCGGAGAACAAGCCGGUGCGGGUCGUGUUCACCGUGUUUGGAGGCGCUCUCGGAGCAACGUGCGGGGUCGUUUCUGGAGGAGUUUGGGGCUUCCUGGGCGCCGUCAGUGCGGCAACGUUCACCAGGAUUUGUGGUCAAAUUGGCGCAGUCGGUGCGACUGUGGGCUUCCUGGGCAGCGUGUUGGGCGGCGUGGUCGGGGGAGUUUUCUGUGGCGCUGUUGGAGGAGCAGUUGGCGCCGCAGCGGGAGGAUCUGAGAGUCCGCUUCACGGCGUCGUCAGCGAUGUGGCUUGGUUCACCAUCGGUUGUGCGACCGGAGGUUCAAUCGGAGGUAUUUUCGGCGGGACGGUCGGCGCUGCGGGCGGAGCGGUCGGCGGUGCUUUUGGCGGGUUGUACGCAACAAGAUUUGCGAGCUACUUAGUGGGAAGCAUCUUCGGUCGCUUUUCCAAAGACUCAAAAAGACAGAAAAAGAAGUCGGAGAACAUGAGAGUGAUUCAGGAGACCGCGGGAGAUUUCAGAGAGACCAUCAAACCUCUGAUGGAAGAGAUGAAGGCGAUCAAGUCGAUGGGCGAGAAAGUGGACGACAGCGACGGCGUGCGCGGUGUAGCCGCACAAAUGGAAAACACUCUGGUGUCCGUGACAACGCUGGAAAGAACUCUGAUUGACUCUCAGAGGGCCUCGGAUCUGUCACAGUUUGUCUCCGGUGUUGAAGAAGCAGCGAGACAAAGCAGAACAAUCACAGAGGAGCUGAAGAGGACGAGAGAGGAGGCGCAACGAGUUCUGGUUUCACUGAGGAAACCCUGAAGACCGUCAGCGAACCACGACUCAAAACAACUGCUGGGAAUAGAGCUGCUUUAAAAAUAAAAAUUAAUUGUACAAAAUGAAACCUAAUGGGAAUCAAUUAAAGUAAAAAUCUUCACUGUUAGCUGAGCAUAAAAACAUUUUCAUGAUCUUUGAAUAUACUUAAUUAAAGGAGCAAUAUAUGUUUUUAAA